AUGGUUGGUCCCACUCGUUUUGGCUGCUGUGCUGCUGCUGCCCGUGCCUGUCUCUCAUUAAACUCCUCUUUCGUCCCGGGAAUCCUUGCUGAUCCGCCCCAGUCGCGUCGAACGAGACAUUGUUCGGGGCACAACCACACCGGUGGAUCCGAAAACGGGAUUCGUUUCCCGUUUCAAGGAGGAAUCAACCGCGACACAAAGAGAGCAGGAUUCUUCGAGGACUACGCUUGGGCUUCGUGCGGGGUUGACCGCCCACCGCCAUUCGGCAAGAACAAGAUGGAGGACGAUCGAAAGACCCCUCUGGUCGAAGAUAUUCCGGUGUCUCCUGACAGCGACAGGGACCACGAUGCGACCGACUGCCUCCCGUCGUCUCCCCCCUCCUCCACACGCUCGCCUCGUCAUGUUUCCGUACCUUCUCUUCGCUCUGGAUCCGACCUCUCCAGCGGCAUGACGGCCUCUUCGACUCCCCUGGGCCAGUUGAACGCCGCGCGGAGAGGAGGCGCGCCUGCUCCUCCUGCUCCUCGUCCGGCGGCGUCGAUCAGCGGGCAGUCCAGUGGUCUAAACCAGGACAUAUUGGCAAAGAUGAAGGCCUUCUCUCUGUCCAGGCAAGGUGCCCCGCCGGGCAUGCCCCAUGCCGCGUCUACGGGGGGAAUCCCGUCGUCUACGCAAGGAACAGGGCCAUCCGCGAACAGUGGUAUAGGAGGAAGCCCCGUACCGAAAGGCCAACAUCCAGUACCCUCCGGCCCCAUCACAGGCGGUCUGGCGGGCAGACUACCCCCGACCAGUCGCCCUCAUGCGCAGAAUUGGUCCUCUGCGCCCGCGGGCGCAGGACCAACGCUCAACCAGAAGCCUGGGGGGUUAGCCGCGAAGAGACUCCAGCCCGGAUUGAGACUGUCGGACGUGACGGGGCAAUCAGAAGACGGCCAACGGCAAGGAGACAGCUCAGCGCAGGGAGGAAAAUCCGGUGACGCCUCGAACCAGUCAGCCUUCAGCAAGUAUGCCGACUUUAUUGACACGAAGGCUGGAACCUUGACCUUUAAGAACAAAGCCCUCCUUCACGGGGGAGGCAUUGAAUUUUCUUCCGGUCAAAGUUUCAGCAUCUCUCUCGACGAGGUCGAUCGGCUGGAGGAGCUGGGCAAGGGGAAUUAUGGUACUGUUUACAAGGUUCGACAUAGUCGCCCCCAUAUGCGAAAACCAGGUCAGGGGAUAUCGGGCAUCGUCAGUCGGCCGGAAGGGUCAAAUAAUUCCGUCUCCUCCCCUCCAUCGAAGCCACCGGAUAACCUGAGCGGGGUUGUGAUGGCCAUGAAGGAAAUCCGGUUGGAGCUGGAUGAGAAUAAGUUCGCUCAGAUUAUCAUGGAAUUGGACAUUCUCCAUCGCUGCGUUUCGCCGUUUAUCAUCGACUUCUACGGGGCCUUCUUCCAGGAGGGCGCGGUGUAUAUUUGCGUCGAGUACAUGGACGGUGGCUCUGUGGACCGGCUCUACGAGGGCGGGAUUCCUGAAAAUAUUCUGAGGAAGAUUACGCUCUCUACCAUCAUGGGCCUGAAGACGCUCAAGGACGACCACGAGAUCAUCCACCGCGACGUCAAGCCCACCAAUAUCCUCGUCAACACCCGUGGACAGGUCAAAAUCUGCGAUUUCGGCGUGAGCGGCAACCUCGUCGCCAGUAUCGCCAAGACGAACAUUGGCUGCCAGAGUUAUAUGGCUCCAGAGCGGAUUGCUGGCGGCGGGAUGCAGCAGUCGGGCGCCAACACGGGGGGUACUUAUGGCGUCCAGAGCGAUAUCUGGAGCUUGGGGCUGUCGAUCGUCGAGUGUGCCAUCGGGCGGUACCCCUACCCCCCGGAGACAUACAACAACAUCUUCAGUCAAUUGCAGGCGAUUGUGCAUGGCGACCCGCCGACGCUGCCUGAAGAAUCAUUUUCGGCUGAGGCUCAUACGUUCGUGCGCGGAUGUCUGGACAAGAAUCCGAAGAAUCGGCCCUCCUAUGCGGCGCUUCUCCGGCAUCCAUGGCUGGCACCCCUGAUGAAACCGCCCGCCGAUCCCGAGGCGAAUGGCGAGCCGUCUACGCAUCCACCGCAGAGUGAAACCGAGGACGAAGAGGUGGCCGCAUGGGUCAAAGACCGAUUGGAACGUCGCCAACGUGGACAGCUAGGGGAACCUCAGAAGCCCGCAUUGCACACGGUGGCGCUCGAUGCCGUCGGUGGGAGCCCUCUUCUGGACGAUCCUUCCAGCAUCUCUCCCAACAAGUGA